GAGAAUUCUAACCGGGCGGUUGAAUGAAGAAACCUAUGGUGUCUAAGGCGCGAUAAAAUAUUUCAAGAUUUUGAAAUCCCACAGAACAGAAAAAUGUACGGCGACAAAAGCUUCAAUUAGCAUUUAAAGAAGCCGCAUAUCAUCGCGAUCCCACCGCUCAUAGAAAUCCCCCAACGAGAAUGGAGGAGGACGUGCUGAACGCUCUGCAGACGCGGAGUGCCUAUUUAUCCGGUGGAUUCGAUCGUCAGAAGCGAAUCAUUUUCGUUGUCAACGCGUUUCACGAUCUGCAGUUGUGGAAUCGACGCUAUCUGCAGGUGACUCUGGACUAUCUAAAGCGUUCGCUCAGCGCUUCGGUCUUGCAGAAUGGAGUGAGUGUGGUGGUCAAUGCCCAGGAGAGUAGCUCGCGGAUCUCGAGGCAGCAGGUGCGCCAGAUCUACGCUCUCUUUGGGGGCGAUAUUAAAGUGGAUCUGUAUCUAGUCAGGGCGGAGGGAUUCUGGGAGAAGCAUGUAGAGCCGUGCGCCAAGUCGCAGAUUAAGGGAGAGCCCUUGGUGCUUUCAAAAGCGCGGCUGGCCAAGUUCAUAGAGCCGCAGAACCUGCCCGAGGAACUGGGCGGCACCUUGCAGUUCAACUACGAUCUGUGGCUGCAACAGCGCAAGUCCAUUGAUGAGUUCACCAAGGCGCAUGUACGGACACUGGCCGCCAUGGAGAAACUGCUGGCUCUGCUCAGGCAGCACAAGUCUUUGCGGCCUACGGAAGCGGAUGUGGAGCUGAAGAAAUGCGCCCAGCUGCAUGCUCGCGUCCAAAACGACAUAGAAUCCGCCAUUGACAUGGGUAACGCGAUCUUGGCCCGUUUCAACGAGGUCUACGAGACGCAUUCAUCGCCGCCACAAGCGGUCGCACCUGUCUCUCCAAUGGACUCCCCCUCACAGCUCCAGGCCAGCAGCACCGCCUCUACAUCUUCCCCGACCAACCCGCAGAAACCCCUUUUACCGCCGGAUCUCGUCUGUGAGCGGGCACGCAUUGAACUACGACUGAACGAGAUCGAGAAAAAACAGACGGCCAUACGCACUGCCUGGCUCGAGCUGCUUCGAUCUCUAAGGGAGGCACGCGAGCUGGCGACCCUAGAGGAGGGCGUGGCCUUUGUCACUAACUGGAUCCUGCAGCAGGCGGAGCAGCUGUUGAGCCGCCAGCGAAGCGUGGGCCAGGAUGUGCGAGGAUGCGAGGCUUUACGCUCUGCUCACGAUCAGCUGGAGCUAGAGUGCCGCGACACCUACGGUUGCUAUGCGGAGCUGCUCUACAAAGUUCAGCGAUUCGCUGGGGAGCGAGAGGGUUCAGCCAAAGAUCAGGACACUUGCCAGGAUCUACUCUCGCAGCGGGACUUUAUGCAGUUUGUGUGUCGAUCCUUUGCCAAGAGAUUGGAGCGAAGGCGUAAUGUUCUGAUGACAGCCUUGAGAUUUCAACGCCUAUUAGAGCAAUUCGAGCAGCUUUUAGUCACGGGUAACAAUGUGGUGGAGGUGGACAGCCGAUCGUUGGAUUGGCCUGAGGCAGAGCAGCUUCUGAUGCAGCUCAAGAAGAAUCAGCAAAUGUUGGCCAACGUCGAACGCGAACUUGUCCGCGAAGGUGAAAAGCUAAGCGACAUGCUUGCGAUGCCGGUGAAAGACGCGCUGGGCCGUGACCUCCAGCUGGACUACAGCCCGGACAUUGCCCAGCUGCGCCGGCAGAUCGAUGCCAGCCGCCGGAGGAGGCAGCUGUGCGGGCAGCGGUUGGCAUUGCAGCGGCUCACCUUGGAGCAGGUGACCCACAUCCAUGCCUACGAGGAGGACGCAAGGCGGGCGCGCGACUGGCUGCGAGAGCUGUAUGCAGUGCUGCUGCGUUGCCACUCCCAUGUCGGCUGCAACAUCCAUGAGAUUCAGCUGCAGAAGGACGAGCUGCAGGGGUUCGAGGAAACCGGACGGAGUAUCUACCACUAUGGCUGUCAGCUGCUGGAGGCCUCCCAAACCCUUCGACUCUGCUGCAAGCUAGAUCGCUCCCAUUCCGAUCACACAUCCAUUGGUGAACAACUCCAGCACACUUGGCAUAGUCUCCAGUCAAUUGCCCAGGAACAGAUGACCCGCCUGCGGGUCUCAGCCGUCUUUCAUCGCAGCGUGGAGGCCUAUUAUCGCCAGCUUAGGGAACUCCGGCCACUUCUCACCCAGGAAUUGGCCGCUCAACUGCAUCGGCAGCAAAGACAUCAGCACAAUCGGAGUAGCAGUGGCAUUAGUAGCGACGCCGAAGGAGAAACCGAAUCGGAACUAUCGCCUCUCGGCGAGAUGCCGCCCCGUUUGCAGCGUCACCUGGUGGCCAGGGAGCAGCUCCUCGUGGAGGUGGGCCGAAUGGUCAGGCUGGGCAGACUGCUAAAAAAGCGUCUCAAAGAGCCUUUCGUCUUGGAUGCACUCACUGGCAAGAGUGUCGUGGCCGAUGAACUGCCUCUGGAUUGCAGUCCCAGUCCCCUGCUACAUGACAGUGGAAGAACCAGCAGUGCUGGAAGCGAGACUCCAGUAGAGGCUUCCCUGCCAGCCACCGUACAGGUAGUUCCCACGGGAAGCAAUGAACUGGCCUGCGCCGCCAUCUCUCACAAGCUGGGAGCCAUUGCCGAGGUGGCCGAAUCCCUGGACGCAGUCAUACGCGAUGUCCAGCAGCAGGAGGGAGCUGCCAGCAAUGGGAUCAGUGGAGGCAUCAAGAAACUGGGCAGCAUUGAGGAUUGGCAAUCCCGUUCCACCGAGGACGAGUCCUUUGCCACCGCCUCCGAGGGCAAUUUCACGCCCAAUUCGCACUCCUCCUCCUUCCAAACAGCCUCUGGACGCACUAGCUCCUACAUAGGAUCGGCAAAGAACUCCUUUGACGAGGCGGAUGACUCCACCCUGAGCACUUUCGAAAUACCCGAGCUCCCACCCUCGCCCGUCAACAUGUCCUUUGAUAGCUCCGAUCUGAGCUACUUUUCCGCCCAUCAGCAGACAAUGAAGAGCGAUGACCAUGAUCAGGAUAGUGUGGUGGGCGUGGCCGAGUUACACAGUCAGAGUGUCACGCCCACACCGGAUGAGGAACAGCAGCACCAACAGGAGCAUUUGCUACUGCCACUCCCAUUGCCCCAGGCUAUUGAAUCGGACAGCGAGGUGGAGGGCUUUAGCCUGGCCACUGGAAUCACGACGGAGACGACACCGAGGAGGUGUCCAUACACCGGUGCCCAUACACCGGAGGUGAGCAGCAGCUGCCAUAAUAAUCCAGCUUCCACUAACCCCAACGAACCGAAACCGCCGGCGUCCUGGCGACGCAGUAAAUACUACGAGAAUAUAACGAAACAAACGAUCAAGGGAUUUCUUUGAAGUAGAAUUCUUGUUCCCUGAAGAGUUUUGGGAGCGGGCACACCACCUGUCCCACCUGAACGAAACGAAAAGAAUAGAAAAACUCGAUUUUCCGACCAAUUAACCCGCGCCAUUUGCUGCUCUGCCGAUGCUUGACAUUCUUGCCAUUAAUUAACACAGAAAUUAGUUGGCAUAUUAUUUUUGAUCUUUUCCACCCCCCAAAAACAAAACCUAUUUUAGCCCAUGAGCUAAAAGUUUUUCUUU